GCAGGGCUGUGUCCCUUCCAGAGGCUCUAGAGGUGCCACUGACCGGCUGUGAGAUCUGGGCACCAUCCCCCUGGGGUUCAGUGGUGCUCUCUGUAAAACGGGGACCAUGACACCUCCGUACCCUGGGGUGGUUGAGGAACUUAGACAACAGCUCAGCACAAGAGGUUGCCCUGAUUCACGUGAACGGGCAGGCCCAAUGGAGAAUCCGAGGCGCCCCAGGAAGCCGGCGGCAGACAGGAGAACCAAGUCUCUGGACAGGCCGCAAGCCCCCCGGAAAGACUCAGAGGCACGGGACUGCCAGCGACGUUCCCCGCCUGCUGUCUCCUCCAGGAAGGCGCUUCGCCAGACGGCCGGUGAUGGGGCCAGAGGUCCCGAGAGCCUGGCUCCGUCUGCGGAGGCGCAGGGCACUGGGGCUGCAGCCCUCACUUUGGAGGAGGCCAGCGAGUUUCUCUCCCCGCAGCAGAGGCCCCCGCAAGACGCCAAGAAGGACAAGGGCCAGAGGCGGGCCCAGCAGGGGUGGCUGAAGACGGUGCUGAACUUGCUCCUGGGGACGGGCCCUGAGGAGCCCCGGGAAGGGACCAGCAGGAGGUCGAAGGGGAGGGAGGGCCUCCCGCAGCCCACGGAGCCCCCGCAGGCCCCGGGGGAACCAGCCCUCAGGAAGAGAGCCCAGGACAGGAAGGCCACCCGCAGGAAGCAUGGUCGGAAGAGACAGGUUGCUGAGGAAACCGAGGAGGCUGACGCUGAGGCGGCCGGAGGCCCAGAGGCAGGGCUGUCCCCGGAGGCGGACCCGGGCCCAGCCCUCGGGGGAGGCGAGGGUUCUGGUCCCCACCAGUCCUUGCUCGCUGAGGAGGGUGGUGCUGCUGCCUCGGACAUUUCUCCCCAAGCCGCCGGUCACCAGCAAGAAGAGGAGGUCAAAAAGCCUGACCAGGAUGCCAUCAUCAAGAUGAUAGUGGAAUUGCUCAAAAGAGCGGGAGACCAGUGGCAAGAAGAGCACUUUCAAGAGAUGGCCCUGCACAGCCCAGCGCCAGCCCCUAGGAAGAAAUCCCAAGAGAAAAAGUCCAGCCCCAAGAGAGCCUUUUGUCUUAAGAAACACAGCUCUGAAGAGCCCAAGAAGGCAGGGGCUGCAGAUGUUCCCAGCCCGGAGGCCCGGCCACCCAAGAGACCCAGCUUUCUGCCCCUGGCCCUGUGUGUCGGUGGUGGCCAUCGGCCUUCCAUCUCCAGCAGCCUUGGCUUGGAAGAACCUGAAGCCCAAGGGGCCCUGCCUACAGACGGCGGGGGUCCCAGUCCCUUUGAACUUUCCACCCACCCAGGAAGCCAGGGACCCGAAGAGGAGUCGCAGCUGGACAGAGCCUCGGAAUACAGAGAAUUCAUCCAGAAGAUCACUGCCCUACUCCAGGAUGCAGAGGAACAAGGGGGAGAGAAGCAGCCUCAAGUCCAGGAGGUGGACGUGGCUGUAGAAAACCCAGCCCCACUCUGCAGGAGGAAAUUCCAGGAGAAAAAGUCCAGCCUCAAGAGAGGCUUUUCCCACAGAAAACACAACUCCAAGGAGCCCAAGAAAGCAGGGGCUGCCAGCCCGGAGGCCCAGCGGCACAAGAGGCCCAGCUAUCUGCCCCUGUGUGUGGGUGGCCAUCGGCCCUCCGUCUCUAGCAGCCUUGAUGCAGAAGGUCUCGAGUUGCAGGAGCCCUCACCUGCAGAAGGGGGGCCAGCUGGGCUCUCAGAAGCACCUUCCCAGGCCAGAAGCCACAAGCCAGAAGGGGGACCUCAGCCGGACAGAGCAUGCGAAUCCAAGGAGCUCAUCAUCCAGGAGCUGGUGGCGCUUCUCCAGGAGGUGGACGGCCAGCUGGGGCGGCAGAUCAGACGACACCCCAGCUUUAAGAGAUUUUUUUACGAGUUCUCAGAAUCCUCCCUCAGCAAGCUGGUAGCCACCCUGCGCAGCCGGGUGGCCCACUCCUCUGAGCUGGACAGGAGCCUCGCCAAGAGACCCUACCAGUUUGGCUUUGGCUUGACUAACAAAUUUGCCGGCCACAAGAGCCACGCCAUGUCUAUCCUCAUGGGCUUAAGAAGCCACUACAGUUGCACCGAGUUCCCAUACAGGGAGUCCCAGCCGAACAUCACAAGUCCUGAGAGUCAAAGUCCAGAUUGAAAGCUGUGCCUCGUGCUAGAUUUCCCUUGGACUGGCCAGACAAUUGGCAGUCUUAGCCAGGAGACCCUGAAGAUGCUCCGUGAUGUCCCAAUCCCAUGCUUCACAAAGAUGACUGAAGACAAGAGCAGACAGCUACUCUGUGUCCACACACCAUCGUCUGAGAAAGCACAAGCACUUUCCCACGGGGCGAGAUGCAGAGGCCGUGGUGGGGGAAAUCUUGCACCAGACUGGGAGUCCCCCUGCCUCAAACCUCCUGCAGGACCCUGAACAUGUCCCCUCUCCUCUCUAGACCCUGGAUUCUAGACUGUCAUUCAGAAGGCCUACUGACAGUUUUCCAGAUGUUUUAAAAAUAAUUUUUUGUUUAAUCUCUAACCAGAACAUCCACACACUAACAGUUGUGCAUCUAUGUGCAACACAUCAUUUAUUCAGUUGGUCAACAGUGUUUAAUGCUCAUAUGGAUUUAUAGAUGCCUCCCAGGAGCUCUGCAGGCCCCAGUUAGGAAAGACCUAUAAAUUGAGGACUCCUGGUCUCUCAGAAUCCUUCUAACUCUGUGUGCUAUAAUUCUAUGACCAGAGAAAUGAAGCUGAUACCUUUUACCUCUCCCAGCUCGUGGAGUUUGCUGAGUCAGUGAGAAAAUGGAUGUGAAGAAUUCCAAAAAUUACAGCGUGCCAUGUCCAUGUAUGUUAUUAUUCUUAUUAUAGCUAGAUCUAGAUGGUUUUCAGGAAGUAGAGGAUGGCUUCAAGCUGGACUGCCAUGGAUGGCUGCAUAGAUGUGCACUGCUCAAGAGCAUCAUACCCCAGGGGUUGCUAUUCACAUCCUAGGCAUUGUAGAUUUCUAGAUGUAUGAUGACAAUGUUCCAGCUGAUGGCAGUAAAGUGUCUUGAGAAAAGGGCCCUUUUUUGUAUUUGCACAAAGGUGAGAUGUAGGGUGCUAGAGGCUCUGCCUUCUACGCAGCUGAACAGUUUCAACAGCUUGAUUCAGGUGGGCAAUUUGCCACAUUCCAUAUCUACAAGCAGGCCCAACUGCAAACAGACGUCCAGCUCCCUUGGACUUUGCCUGGAACAUGUGGUCAUAGGGGAGAGGAUGUCACAACCUGAGUGGCAAA